GGAACCCGGCGAGGCGAUGAGAUAACCUGGAGGAGAGGAAGCGAGAGAUGUCUCGGCACGGUAGCGAGAGAUCCUUAAACUGUCUGCAAUCGAUGCAACCGGGUUGCGUAGCGAUCCACGUAAACAACAACGCCGGCGUCGCUCAGCCGACGGAGUUGGCAGUGUCGUCCCCGUCAGUAACGUGUAAUGACGACAGUACGGGCAAGGUCAAUGCCGGUGGCGAACUAUGCGGCACGACAGGAAGCGAGUCGGGUACCGUUCCGUCACCCUCGGUAGUACCCGCCGCUGCACCCUCUUCGGGGGACUCCCGUAUCCCGCGUCCCUCGCCCACGGGUUUGCGUCGCUCGGUGAGCUUGCGCAUGCGGGACGAACGGGUCUCGCCACAUCAACCACCACCACCACCCAGUACCGCGGCCACCGCGGCUCUGACCAGGCAGCAAUACCAGCACCACCGCCGGUUGAACCUGCUGGAACACUAUCAUCCGGACCAUCACACUUUCCCAAUCAUCACGGAGAAUGGAACGGAGUCACCGCGACAACGAUCGCUCAGUCUCUCAUUGACACCGGCUAGGCCGCGUCCUGUACACGCGGCCUCUGGAGGGUCAAGCACAGGAAUUGCCGAUGACAGCGAUGUGGAGAGCGUAAAAAGUUACGGAAGUGCCUGCAGCACCGCGAGCGCCUGCGAUCAUGCUACAUUUGCUUUUAACGGUACCACAUGGUCUGGUAGAUCACGGAAAUACGUUGUUCAUUGUUCGAAUCAUAAAGGUGACAAUGAACAGUAUCUGACACCGACUCAGAGGGCAGCUAGACAAGUUAGGAAGUUUCAGGCGUUAUUAAAAGAAGCACGGAAGGAGAUCGAGGAAAAGGAUCAGGAGAUCUUUCGAUUAACGAAGGAGGUGGUGGAGCUUAGAUUAUACAAAGCUUCUUUGAAUAGUCCAGACGAGAGGACGGAUAGCAGCGAUGCUCUCACUGUACGGGAAAAUAAUCCUUUCUCGCCGGAGUCCCCGACCAAGGAUUUACCGGACGAGGGCACGGCCCCGAAGCCCGUUUGCCCGGAGACCCCGGAGAAACGCGGCCAAGACUUGCCUUCCUCUUUGGCAGAUUCUGGACACUUCGAAGAUGGUUCGAUUCACUCGAAGGAUUCGGUGUAUUUGCCAGAGGUGCAGCCGGAAGUCGUCAUCAGGACCGGAACACCCGGCAAAGUUGUCGAAGACAACACCUCCGACACGUCCGCCAGAUCGACUACCCCGGAAAGGGACGAAGAGCGACGGAAGCUGGUAAAUCUUUACGAGACGAGGAUCGAGGAGAUGCACCGUAGACACGUCGACGAGCUUCAAGAACUGAAGCAAAAGCACAAUGACAAGGUGGAAAGCUUGUUGAAUCAGUUAGCUGAAGUGAACACGCGUUAUUGUGAAAUCAGACCAAGUGUUGAUGCUGCGGAAGCUCGAGCACGGGAGUUAGAAUUAGAAUUAGAGGCUGUGAAAACGGAACUCGCUGAACAGAAGAAUUUGUUAAGCGAACAGGAAGAAAGAAAUAAACAAAUGUACCUGAAAAUGUAUGCCAAAGGUCAAGAAGCUGCACGCAUAGAACAAGCAGAUCAGAUACUUGAACAUGCACAUCAUAUACCACCAAAAGCUUCUGUAGCGGAACUACUGCAACAACUGACAGUUACUCGAGCAGAAUUAGAAAAUGUCAAGGACACAAGCUACUCGCCUGAACCUCACAUUUCAGCCGAUCGUAGCCAAAUUUUAUUAAGUGCUCAGGAGGCUGUUUCUCUCUGGGUCCUUGGCACACGUAAGGUCUGUAUUUCUGCUGAACUGCCACGCGAUGCAAUUCUUAUCCACUGUUUAUUAAGCAUCUGCGUUGUGCUUGUUCAUAUACAGGAUGCACUAGCAAUCUUCAUGCUCCUCCUUUUCUUCAUUGUUUUCUAUUUCUGCAUUUUCCAGAUUUUUUUUGCAAGAUAAUGUGUGUAUUUCUAUAUUGAUUCAAAAACGAUGUUCGUUGUACAGAAUGUUAAUAUUUCAAUAUUCCUAAAUAAGGAACAGAGACAUAGUUACCUGUUUAUGCGAGAUUUAUUCUUUAAACGACCCCUUAGCUGUUACUUAAAUGUUCGUAUUUUACAACCAUAUUUUGUUAUAAUGCUAAUAUUACUUUCAGUUUUAUUAUUUGUAUAUUUUUUCAUUACCAGUAUAACACAAAUAUUCAUUUUAUAUUUUUAUGUAUAAGUGUUCAGUUAUCAGUUCAAUACUAGAAAAAACCAUGUAUUGAUAGUCUGUUAUUCUCAGUUAUAGUGUAUGUUCACUCUAUCUUUCAUUUUUGUUGUUCAUUUAAGCAUGAACAUGAGUUAUAAGUAAAUGUGUAACUAGAUUGGUAAAUAGCUUUUAUGAGCAUGAACAUUUGCUCUUUCUCAAAGAAAUAGACUUUGCAUCAAUUCUAGUUAGUAGGUGUUAAUAUAGUUUCCUAACUAGUCUUGAACAUCAUCGGAAAUGUCAUUAUUACAAAAAAAUUGUUGUAGCAACAAAUUAAACCAUUUUUUAUCGCAUUAGCAUCUCAUUAUCGUAAAGCCUCUUCAAUAAUAAAAUUGGUAUUAAAUAUAAAUUUUUUAAUUGUAUAAUAUAAUUAGUGAUACAACUACUAUACAAGAUUAUAUUUUAAUGAUUAUAAAAGAUUAUACCUCGCAAUAUCUCUUAGAUAAUAAAUGUAAAGACUAUAGUGGCAGGAAUUGGAUCUACGUGUUACCAUCAAUGAAUUGCCUUAUAAAGACAUGUUCUUAAAAAGUGUAUUUACAAAGAAAAUGCUUCGCCACAGCAAUUGCAUGCUGAUUACCAAGCACAAUUGUAGUUGGUUUGUACGCAUUAUUAUUCAAUUUGGGGAAACUAUCCUGUGCACUUGGAAGAAACAGCCUCUUAUUAUCCUUUAGUCAAUGUAAGUUUGCACGUGUUUAAGCAUUAUACAUAUGCCUCCAAACUAUUACAUCCUGAAAAACAUUACUUAAAUACUCUUAUGUUAAUAUAUACAUACUUCUAAUCAAAACGAAUACAGUAGAACUUUGCAUAUUUCAAUGUAUUGUUUGAUGAAUACCUUAACGUAUUCCACUAUUAGAACAGUUCUAUUACCUGAACAGAGUAUGUUUUAGAAACACAGAACUCUAUAGCAUUUAAAACAGAAUUAAUAAUUUAAGAUACAGAAAGAAUACAGCUUUACAUAGUUAUUUACAUUGAAUAAUUAAAGCAAUUUAUCAGAAAAAAAAUA